CGAUGAUUUCGGUUAUUGACUUUGAUUUCACGUGUUUUAUAACAGAGUUUAUGUUUGUUUAUUUUGAUUUUGGAUUUUCUUUGGAAAAGUCGUGAGGACAAUGGCCCAUGUCCCUCUUAGUGUUGCUGAGAAAACCUUUAUCGUCCAUGGAGUUCAGGAAGAUUUCCGGACAGACGGAAGGACUCGCCGGGAUUACCGGCCAAUGGAAAUUGAAUCGGGAAUAGUCAGUCACACGAGCGGUUCAGCAAGGAUCAGACUUGCAAAUUCUGACAUCCUGGUGGGAGUGAAGACAGAAAUAGACACUCCAUUUGCUGAUCAUCACGAUGAGGGAAAGAUUGAGUUCUUUGUGGAUUGUUCUGCCAAUGCAACUCCGGAAUUUGAGGGCAAGGGCGGUGGAGAUCUAGCUCUGGAAAUUGCAAAUGCCCUUCAGAAGGCCUAUGCCUCCCCGCAUGCCUUUGACCUGAAGAGUUUGUGCAUCCUGGAGCAUCAUCAAUGCUGGAAGCUCUAUGUGGAUAUUCUGAUUCUAGAGUGUGGAGGGAAUCUCUUCGAUACUGUCUCCUUGGCUGUCAAAGCUGCCCUGUUCAACACAAAAAUCCCGAAAGUCAGUGCAGUUCAAGUUGACGGAGGAAAUAUUGAACUGGAGCUCUCUGAUGACAUUCAUGACUGUAACAGGCUUUCUGUGGCCAGAAUGCCUCUCCUGGUGACUCUCUGCAAAAUUGGAGAUCACUCUGUUGUUGAUCCUUCGGCAGAAGAAGAAGAAUGUGCCUCAGCAAAGCUCGUCGUGGGAGUUUCUUAUGCAGAAUCCUCAGACGAAGGAUUUGUGACGAUGCUGAGGACAUCAGGACCUGGUUCUUUUCUCCAUUCAACCCUCAAGGAAACAAUCAAAUUAGGCGUAAUGGCUGGUGAAUGUCUCAAUGUGGAACUCCUGAAAGUCCUUAAACACGAAGAACAGCUCACAAAGUCAUCCAAAGAAGUUUUUGGAUUCCUCAAAUAAAAAAUUUCCUGUAAAUCUUUUUCUAAAGCAAUAAAAAAAAAUUUCCAAAAAAA